CCAUUACACUUUCGUUCUCUUUCUUUCAUUCAUCAAAACAAAAACAAAAAAAAACUUCACAUUUUGUUUUGUCAGAUCUUCAAUAUUGUCUCAUCAUGACCGUUGAUAUCAUGCGUAUACCGAAGAUGGAAGAUCAAACGGCUAUACAAGAAGCUGCUUCACAAGGCUUACAAAGCAUGGAACACUUGAUCCGUGUCCUCUCUAACCGUCCUGAAGAACGUAACGUUGACUGCUCUGAAAUCACAGAUUUCACCGUUUCUAAGUUCAAGAAAGUCAUCUCUCUUCUUAACCGUACCGGUCACGCCCGGUUUAGACGUGGUCCCGUUCAUUCCCCUCCUCUCCCUCCUUCAUCUUCCUCCGCUUCUCUACCUCCUCCACCGGCCAAAAUAACGCCUCUUGCUCCGGUUCCGAUUCAGAUCUCUGCUCCGGUUAGUUUCGUUCAGUCAAAUCAACAAAGCGUGACGUUAGAUUUCACUAGACCAAGCGUGUUUGGCGCUAAAACAAAGAGCUCGGAAGUGGUUGAGUUCGCUAAGGAGAGCUUUAGGGUAUCAUCCAAUAACUCUUCGUUCAUGUCUUCCGCUAUCACCGGUGACGGAAGCGUCUCUAAAGGAUCUUCCAUCUUUCUCGCUCCGGCGGCUCCAUUGCCUUCCUCAGCGAAGCAGCCUCUUGCUGGUCUUCCUUAUAGAAAGAGAUGCUUUGAACAUGAUCACUCCGAGGACUUUUCCGGCAAGAUCUCUGGCUCCGGCAACGGCAAGUGCCACUGCAAGAAAAGCCGGAAAAAUCGUAUGAAGAGAACCGUGAGAGUACCGGCGAUAAGUGCAAAGAUCGCCGAUAUACCACCGGACGAAUAUUCAUGGAGGAAGUACGGACAAAAACCGAUCAAAGGCUCACCACAUCCACGGGGUUAUUACAAGUGUAGUACAUUUAGAGGAUGUCCAGCGAGGAAACACGUGGAACGAGCAUUGGAUGAUUCAACGAUGUUGAUUGUGACUUACGAAGGAGAGCAUCGACACAACCAGUCAGCGAUGCAUGAGAAUAUGAUGGCAUCUCCUAGCGUGAGCGGUUUGGUAUUUGGUUCGGCUUGAAGAAAUUUUUAGUUUGGUAGAUUUUGUAGUAUUUUGAGAAAAUAGAGGGGUUGGUUUUGUAAUUUUUUGUUUCCUAAACAAAAUUAGUUUUUAGAUUUGUUUUAGUCUUUUGAAUGGAUUUUUAAUCUUACUACCACCGAGAAAGAGAAUGACAGGGAAAUUCUUACUACAAAAUAUGUAUAUUUUUUUUCUUCUUAUUAAUUCCUCGUUUCAUAUAUUUGAAUGGGUCAUGUAAAAAAAUGAUGAUUAGCGAAGUCAUUGACGGAUAAA